AUGAUGGAAUUAGCAUUUGAUAUUGGUGCCGAGAGAAGCAAAAGAGAGACUGCAAUGAGUAAUCUUGUAGUGUUAGCUAGAGAAAAGGCAGGAGCCGAUGUAAUGUUCCGUGAGAAUAUAGCUACUCGUGUCGAGGAUUCAAAGCCAGAUCAACAAUUAGUUGAAGAUAAUAAGAAUGAAAUUGAUACAAUUCUUACAUGCUUGGUUUAUGCAACAACAGAUCGUACAAUUACUGGCGAAGCUCGUGAUGCUGUUGUAGAAUUAUUGAUCAGAAAUGCUCAUCAUCAAACACUUAAUUGGGCUGAACGUCUUAUCGAGCAAAAGGGUCUUUAUCGUUUGAUGGAAAUUUGUAGUGAAUUAGAGGAAUAUAAAUAUGAGAGUGCAAUGCCAAUAACACCAUCGUCUAGAACCAUCGCUUCCGUUUGUUUAGCAAGAAUUUAUGAAAACAUGUACUAUGAUGAAGCUCGACAACGAUUCAUUGCUCACAUUGAUGAAUAUAUAAGGGAUAAGCUUUUAAAUCCAGAAUUUGAAUCAAAAGUUCGUGUUGUAGUCGCUUUAACAUCAUUUCUUCUUGGUCCAUUAGAUGUUGGUAAUACAAUUUUCGCACGUGAUGGAAUCAUGCAAAUGAUUUUAGCAAUGGCAAGUGAUGAUGAAUUGUUACAUCAAAAAGUAGCUUCUGAAUGUCUUAUUGCUGCAGCAUCAAAGAAGGAUAAGGCUAAAGCAUUAAUAGCAAGUAGCUCUGGUGGCCUUGAUGCAUCUAUUCGUCCAUUUGCUGAUGGAUCAACUGUUAAACUAGCUGAAGCAUGUCGUCGUUUUCUCAUUAAACCUGAGAAAUUAAUUGAUGAUAAAUUGGCUAUUCAAGCACUCAUUGAACUAGCUAAAACUGGAGAUCAAUCUGUCAUUUAUGGUGUUGUUACUACACUUGUAAAUCUUGUCAAUGCUUAUGAAAAGCAGGAAAUGCUUCCUGAACUUAUGGAACUUGCUAAAUUCGCAAAACAUCAUGUUCCAGAAGAAUCAGAACUCGAUGAUCCAGAUUUUGUAGCCAAACGUAUUAAUACAUUGGCAGAAGAAGGUGGUGCUCGUGUCUUAAUUCAGCUUGCAUUAAAAGGUACUGAAAAGGGCAAACGAAAUGCUGGUCAGGCUUUGUCACGUUUAGGUAUCACUAUCAAUCCCGAACAAGCAUUUCCUGGACAACGAUCAUUAGAAGUUGUUAGACCAUUACUUAAUCAACUUCAUCCAGACUAUAGUGCACUCGAGAAUUUUGAAGCACUUUUGGCACUUUGUAAUUUAGCUCAAAUGAAUGAUUCAGUUCGCAAUCGCAUAAUGAAAGAGAAAGGAAUGUCACGUAUUGAAAUGUUCUUAAUGGAAGAUCACAUUUUGUUGACUAGAGCUGCCACACAAGUAAUUUGCAACAUGGUUUUGAAUGAGGAUUAUAUAAAAUGGCAUGAAGGAGACAAUGAUCGCGUAAAAUUCUUAGCACUGUUGUGUGAGGAGGAAGAUGAAGAAACAGCUUUAGCAUGUAGUGGUGCAUUAGCAAUUCUGACAUCUAAUAGUGCAAAAUGUUGUGAGAAAAUGAUAACUCCAUCGUCAUGGCUUGAAAUUUUGCAUACGUUAAUAGCGAAUCCAAGCCCUGAUGUACAGUUUAGAGGAAUUGUCAUAAUUCACAACAUGAUUCGACAGAGUAAAACAGUUGCUGAGAAAAUAUUCGAUACUGAUGUUUUGCAGCUUUUAAUGGGUGUCACUCAGCUUAACGACGAGAAAAGAUCAAAGGCAAUUGAAGAAGCCAAAUUAUGCCUAAAGACAGCAGAAGAUAUGAAAUUAAUUCAAGAAAAGAAAGAUGAUGCAAAUGAUAUGAUGCCAGAUGUCUUUCAACAGCCUCAAAAUGAAGAUUUAGAAGAAGAAAACGAGUGAAUGCCUAAAUAUGUGCCUUUAGUUUGUUGUUUUUUAUCAAACAUUUUUAAUGAAACUUUACAGCUAAAACUUUUUGUAUUUCUUGACCAUUUUGUACUUAAUUGAUUUUCUAAAUUGCAUUUUAGACAUCAAAUUUAUUUAAAUAAAGUUUUUUCUUUGAAGAAUUAAUAGU